AUGUCUGCGGGUAGUGAUUUCUCCAAAGCACAGGCAUCAUCGACAAUCCUUUUAUCUUUACAUUCACAUACUAACGGCAUAAACAUAUCGACGCUGAGAUCUAGGAGUGCUUGCGGUGGAAACAAGAAGUCGAGGCUGAGGAUGGAUUGGCAUCGGACCGCCAACCCGUUCCUCAAGUUCGACGAACCGUCUUCGUUCUUCCGGUUUGACUGCUCAUCGCCCUAUCCUGCGAGGGUGUUGCGGCGCCAUAGUGAAGUCUUCAAGUCAGACCUUCUUCAACCCCCGACCGGGAAUCGGGACAGGUCUGGUUACCACAUCCUACUCGUUGGUAUACCUGAGCCUGUCCGACUGGGGACGAACAACGAAAGUGUCAUCCCCAGGCUGCUAUCCAGCAUCCCGUUGGCUGGCCCUGCAUGGAAGCGUGUGACUGAGUGCUUCUAUCUCCACGAUGCGAUUCGAAAUGCGAUAAAGCGCAGCAACUCCAGCCCAUCGACAACUUAUCUGGUCAAAAAGGAGGGCCCGGAGAUUGUCGAGAUGUACACGGCCGCUACAUCACGGACUUGGCCGGAGAACCUAGCAAUUUCUUCCACGCACUUCAGACGCUCCAAGCUCACUGUUGGUGUGAUAUUCGGUUGCACAGGGGAGCAGAUGAAGAGAGUGGAGGAGCUGCUCCACCACGCUCCCGAGGUCAAGUCUCAUCCGCUGCUGAUGGUCGGGGUAUUUGCCGAGCUCACCCGGGACAGAGUGACAGAAAUUGUCCGCGAUGCAGUUGCAGACUGCGAUAUUGCGACUAUGAAGCUUGGGCUGAACGGGAAGACCCGUCCUCAAGUUAGGCGGUCCUUUGAGCUCAGUCGCGAGCUUCGUAACUGCCGCCUCAACACUAAGAAGGCCGAGGAGGAGUUGAGAUCAGCGCAGAGCCAGCUUCAUAAGAUGAUGCAGCAAAUCGAGGAGUGGAUGAACCGCGCUGGAGGACCCGCGGGGGACCAGGCCUCCGGGCGGCUGGGCGACGACUUCACCACGAGCACCGUGAGGUUCAAAGACAGGUUCGAGGAGAUCAGCAUCGAGUUUGAUGCCCUGAUGGCUAGGUGCCGUAUGACAUUUGACGAUAUGACUUACUCUGAAGAAUUGUUCACGUCCGAGUUACUGAGCCAUGAUGCCGAGUCAGCACGGCACCAGGCGAAGGCCAGCACCGUUAUUGCGUUUGUUGCCAUGCUUUAUCUCCCAAUCACGACUGUUGCUACCAUUUUCGCCAUGCCCGUCUUCGACUUCGAAAACGACUGGCGAGACAUACGUUUUCGCGAAACUGGUAACAGCGGAGAGGCGUCUGACAAAGACGCGGCAGGGGAUAAGAAUUCCAAGCCCGUGUUAUCGUUUUACUUUUGGAUCUACCUCAUCAUCUCGAUCGGCCUCACCGCGGUCACUGUCUUCGGUUGGUGGCGGUAUACCCGGACCGGUAGACAUCCACGCAAGCCGAAACACAGGCGCAUGUCUUACACCGGGGGCACUAAAGAACGGCACGGCAAAACGAUAUCAUUCAUGCCCGAGUACGAAGGCGGUAAACACCCGGUGUAG